AUGCACAGCACCGAAGCCACACAGUCUCAACCAACACACACCUUCAGGUACAAUUAUAGAAGUCUGAGGGGUGCUUUUAUAGGCUACACUUGACAUGUUCCUGCAUACAAAACAAUCAAUAGCAAUGGUCAGUUUGGCAUUAUGUUACAGUAUAAAGCUUAUUUAUAAAUGUGAUAAAUAGCCCUAAAUUCCCAUCCAGACAAUGCAAUAGGUUAGAAUUUGAGAUCAAAUUCGGACUAUUUUAUGCGUAAUGACUGUGUAGCCUCGCCCAUUUGAUAAAUAUUAAAUGAUGGGAGCGUGCAAAGGGGUGCGGUCUUUCCUGUAGUCGGGAACGGAACCGGAAGUUCCGCCAUCUCCUUGUACCAUUCGAGCUACAACAGGGUCAGUAUAGACUUAAUCUAGAUGUUCAUUAUGGUAUAUUGUCAACAGUUAUUAAAUAUUAUAAGUAAUAUUGACAUAGUGAACGUUCCAUAACCAUCGGUUUUAUGUUAAGGAUGGUGGUGUCACUCGAUCAGAUCAUAAAUACCACUCGUAUUCUGUUGCCACUUGAGCAGCUAGCCAGCUAGCAACAGGGUUCAACGUUAUCUCAUAUGUUUGUACUAUCGGCUACAUCAGCUACCUAGCUAGGUAAAUGGCAAUGUUUCAUUCAGUGUCGUGACAGGAAUACCAAUAUUUAGUUAGUCGGCUUUCUCUCUCACGCUUUCCCCUUAACCCCCACCAUAAUUGUAAAACGUUAAAAGUGAUUGCGACUGAGAGAGCCAAGGAGAAGAGGAGUUAACGGUAAGUGGCUAACGUUUUCCAGCUGAUAGCUGGGAGGGUGGUACCAGAUAGCUAACGUUAGCCAGCCUAGCUAGCCAACUAAUUUGUUAGUGACCCCUUUUAUCUGGUUUGGAUGGCCUUCUAAGUUUGCCAAUCAAGUUCAUUACACUUCCCAUUUUGUUCUUUGGCAGUAGUAGUUCAAGUAUUUCCUGUAGUAAUGUUUGCAUUGGUGUUGAAUCGCUAUGUAGACUGUUGUGAGAGAUGAUAACUGGUUAGCAUGCUAACUGGGUGGGGGUCUCUGGCUCAGGAGGGUGUGUGACUGUCUGAUAGCGACUAGGAAGUGGGAACGAGCGUAGAGGCCACAGUUCUGACAUUGUCUUGAUCGUUACACCGCCCUUGUUUUUCUGGCGUUAAGCACAAAUAUGGGCUAGUACUAGCGCCAUAGCUUUGGCUUGCUAGCUAGUUCAAUAGUUUGUUAGCUAGCUAAUAUUAGACUCAGCCAACUAGCUAAGUUUGUCUGGCUUCAGCUAGCUAGUUGCAUGUUGGGGGUUUGCUUGCCAAUGAUGCAUCUGCCGUUGAAUCCACAUUUUAUGUCUAGGUAAAGUGUCAGUGAAACUCCAAGCAAGUUCUGAUACUUAUUCCACUGUAGGCUGUCCUGAAUAUUUAAAUGUCAAUGACCUCAACCCUACACAUCAUAAUGUGGAGCACUGCAUUAGCUAAGCUCCUUAUCAAUAGUUGAACUUGACAGUACAAUAACAUAGCUACAUGCAACAGGACAGGAGACGUCCAGGUGUUGCAUGUAGCUAUGUUAUUGUACUGUCAAGUUGAAACUAUUAAUAGGGAGCUUAGCUAAUGCAGUGCUCCACAUUAUGAUGUGUAGGGUUGAGGUCAUUGACAUUUAAAUUCAGCACAGGAGCAUUUCUCAAUUCUUGAAUUGGAAUUUCAGAUAAUUUCCUCAAUUUACGUAGAAUUGGCCUGAACCCUGUUGAAUUGUGAGAGAUAUUGGCUAAACUUGUCCCUUAUCUACAUUCAGUCUUGGUAGAUGCCUUGCAUGAACUUUGGAACGUUGCUCCAGUAAUCUCUAAACUGACUUUUGGAAUGGUUAUCUCUCUGCUGUGUUAUGCAACCUAGUCUCCUAUUAGUACAACCUGUCGUCUUCCACUCCUUAUUAGUCUGGUUGGCCACACUGUGCUAGGGUUAUUCAGCAGCACUGAAACAAUUUUGGCAGAGGAGACGGUAAAGUCAUAUAGGAAUAUGUUGUACCUACUUAUUAGAUGAGUUUAUUAGUCACAUACACAGGGUCACAGAUGUAAAUGCAGGGCACAGUGAAAUUCUUAAGCUCUGAGCUCCAACAGUGCAGGUCAAAAAGAGAAGUGAAUGAAGCCCACUGGGAUUAUUCAUGCCACAGCAUUGUUAAACAGCCCACAGAGUACUAACAUGUAGUUCAAUGACGUCAAAUAGUGACACUGUUCAAGCCUGCAUGCGAUGGCCAUGCCCAUCUGACAGCAUUAAGUGGGUCAGAUAGUGAAAGUGAAUCAAAACUAAAGUAGGGGCCCUUGAGUUUUUCAUAGAUGUCAACCAUGCCUGUCCUGGUACUGUAUGUGUGGACAAGAACGUCAAGACUGCUGCGCCCCUGCCCAAAACACUAUGCCUAAUUCCAAUUAAACCCUGCCUAGCCCAUACAUAGCCUAGCCUACGUUGUGUUUGGGGUGAGGAGAAGCUCAGGGUUUUCACUUUGGGGCCCUCAACACAUACCGGUAAGAUUAGUGUUGUCAUCUCUCGCUCCACAGGUUUUUUAUCACCCCAAAUCUGUGGUUUUGGGACUCAAUGUCUCUGUGAGGAGAGAUGGACAGCCUGAGACAGAGCGCUCUGUAAACGAGUGGAGCCAGAAAGAGAGAAACCGAGUGAGAGAGUGAGUGUGUGUGUGCUGAAUUUCUCUCUCUGUUGACAUAGUAAAGGAGCACUAUGUCCACUCAAUUUGAUUGCUGGUUUAGCUUUUCUCUUUCACCCAAUGUCUGCCUGUUUAUCUUGAUGUCUCUCUCUAUCUUGCUGCUUUCCUUUUUCUCUACUAGUUUCUUCUUCUCUGAGUUAGGCUACUCUCCUCCUCUCUGAGUUAGGCUACUCUCCUCCUCUCUGAGUUAGGCUACUCUCCUCCUCUCUGAGUUAGGCUACUCUCCUCCUCUCUGAGUUAGGCUACUCUCCUCCUCUCUGAGUUUAGGCUACUCUCCUCCUCUCUGAGUUAGGCUACUCUCCUCCUCUCUGAGUUAGGCUACUCUCCUCCUCUCUGAGUUAGGCUACUCUCCUCCUCUCUGAGUUAGGCUACUCUCCUCCUCUCUGAGUUAGGCUACUCUCCUCCUCUCUGAGUUAGGCUACUCUUCCUCUCUGAGUUAGGCUACUCUCCUCCUCUCGAGUUAGGCUACUUCCUCCUCUCUGAGUUAGGCUACUCUCCUCCUCUCUGAGUUAGGCUACUCUCCUCCUCCUGAGUUAGGCUACUCUCCUCCUCUCUGAGUUAGGCUACUCUCCUCCUCUGAGUUAGGCUACUCUCCUCCUCUCUGAGUUAGGCUACUCUCCUCCUCCUCUCUGAGUUAGGCUACUCUCCUCCUCUCUCUGCCGCUCUCUCUCUGUAUUAACUCACUGUACACUUUGCCCUGGCUGCUAUUUGUUUUGUGUUGUAUUAACUGUUUUACAACCACUGUCUCUCUCUCUUUCUCUGUGUGAGUCAGAUUUUCAGUGGAACCUGACAGCCAGACGGUUGCCAUGUCGACCUCAUCGCUACGGCGACAAAUGAAGAACAUUGUCCACAACUUCUCAGAGGCCGAGAUCAAGGUUCGCUCGUCCUCUUCCCCCUUUCUUUUCUCUCUUCCUCUCCGACCACUUUUCCACCUACACAUCUUUUAAAAAUGUUAUUCUUCUCCGUUUCCCAUUGUCCUCUUCCUCCUUUCCUCAUCACUUCUUUCAAGGCUAUCUCACCUCAUCCUCCUCCUCUGCUUCCUCCCUCUCCAGCUCUUUCUUCCUUUCCUCUCCUCCCUUCUGUCUUGACUUCUCUUAUCUAUUGGUACUUUUCAAAUAAUACAUUCCACUGUGUACUCCCUGCAUCACCUCCUCUCUCUAUCUGGGUGAAUGUAAUCAUGUUAUCCAUUCAUCAUGAUGGUUCUAUCCAGCCUGUGUAUUCUCACACCUCAUCUCCACACCUCUGAGAGCAGGAGAGAUGAUCAGUUAAGGUGACCUACGAUCACGGCUGUGGACUUAUCAGGGGUUCAUUUGAUUAAAGUACUUUGCAUAAUUGUUUUGUCUGUUUUUACAUGUUUAGUCGUGAGGUUCAUAUCGUAAUAUGUUUUGUUUGCUUGAGCUUGCCAAGGGAAUGAAUAGUCUGUUGUCUUGAUAUAAACUACCAGUUGAUUAAUCAAUUAAUUGAUCACUAAAUCACACCUUAAUUGUUCAAUGUUGACUGCUUUCAAGUUUUUCUGAUGUUCCAUGUUCCCCCCCGUCCCUGGUCUCCUCCCCCCCUUGUCCCUGGUCUUUCCCCCCCUUGUCCUUGGUCUUUCCCCCCUUGUCCUUGGUCUUCCCCCCCCCUUGUCCUUGGUCUUUCCCCCCCUUGUCCCUGGUUCUUCCCCCCCCUGUCCCCCGGCCCCCCCCCCCCCUUGUCCCUGGUCUCCCCCCCCCCCUUUGUUCCUGGUCUUUCCCCCCCUUGUCCCCGUUUCCCCCCCCUGUCCCUGUCUCCGGUCGGGGGCGACCGACCCUGGCCAGCACUCUCUGUGUCAAGAUCCAACCUGACCUACACUUGGCCUCUAUCAUGAGCUGGUUGCCCCCCCCGCCUGAGACCUCUACGGUGCUGGUUGGUGGUUGGUGGUGAGAGAGGAAGUGAAAAGGAAAGUUGUGCGAAUGUUUGUUCAAUAUUGACCAUAACAAGAACGGGUGACAUGUAGUCUGUCUGUCUCGUUUGUCUGCUCACACACACUUACUCUCACUGUUGUAUGUGUGCACAUAGAAAUAGGAAUUAGAAUACUAGAAUGGACAUAACCAAGUAUUUGUGUAACUAAAGCAAGAUAAACCACAGCCCGUCGUUUCAAAUGGGAACAAAUGUGUCAUAGUGGGCAGAACAAGCAAGGAGGUGGGCAGAGCCAAACACGAGCUAGCGAGAUCCUAUUGGCGCGUUCUAGCAUGCAUUUGCAUAUUUGCAAUAACUCAAUUCGCCUUUGCACUGUUUCUAAACAAUGCAUAUUUUUUUAAUACUUUAGCAAAGGGUAAAGUUUACUAAACUUAGUCCACUCUGUUCAUAACAGAUUUUAGUUUUGGAAACAGAACUGUAUUGAGAUCAAUUGUUUUAUCGAUGAGAAAAUUAGCAGAAUGUCUGCCAAAUCCAUUCCAUCUUCUCCCAUUGCCGGACACUGGGCUUCCUCUCACUACCAAAUGUGAGUGGAAACGCCAAACGGAUGCUUCACAUUUAUACAUCCGGUGAAAUAUCUGUCUCAUUGUUCUAUCUGUGACAUAAGGCUUCUUAUGACAGUAUAAAAUAUCAGCCAUUUUGGUAGGUCAGCCAGUGAUGAGAUAUUGUGUAAAACAACGAAUUUGAAGAUUAUCUGAACAUUAUGCUUGUUAUCUAGCCAGUCCGUUUUUAGUGGAAUCAAUGAUUCCAUGAAUUCUUAAAAUUAACUGCCAUAUAUCCGGUAAAGAGGUCAAUGGAACGCAGACCGUGGGGAAUAGAAUAAGGACGCCGGAUUGGUGCAAAUUCAACCAAUCUGAUCUAACAAGGUGGAUAUUCGUCAAAUCCGUCAUGGUUGAUGUAUUGUAACAGGCUCACAAUGUGGUUACUAAAGUCUGAUUUGACUGCAUAACAUUUAGAUGUAGUUCCUUUUCAGGUUUAGAAGAUGUUGACUGCUAAAUGCGAACUCCCGUUCAUAUAAGCUGGUAGCAUAGCUACACAACAUACCUGGUAUCCGCCAAACCCAGAUUCGUCCGUCGGACUGCCAGAUGAUGAAGCGUUAUUCAUCACUCCAGAGAAGGCAUUUCCACUACUCCAGAGUCCAAUGGCGGCGAGCUUUACACCACUCCAACCAACGCUUGGCAUUGCACAUGGUGAUCUUAGGCUUGUGUGCGGCUGCUCGGCCAUGGAAACCCAUUUCAUGAAGCUUCCGACAACAGUUAUUGUGCUGACGUUGCUUCCAGAGGCAGUUUGGAACUCGGUAGUGAGUGUUGCCGAGGACAGACAAUUUUUUCGCACUGCGCGCUUCAACACUUGGCGGUCCCGUUCUGUGAGUUUGUGUGGUCUACCACUUCGUGGCUGAGCAGUUGUUGCGCCUAGACGUUUCCACUUCACAAUAACAGCACUUACAGUUGACCAGGGCAGCUCUCGCAGGUCAGGAAUUUGACGAAGUGACUUGUUCGAAAGGUGGCAUGCUAUGACGGUGCCACGUUGAAGUCACUGAGCUCUUCAGUAAGGCCAUUCUACUGCCAAUGUUUGUCCAUGGAGAUUGGAUGGCUGUGUGCUCGGUUUUAUACACCUGUCAGCAACGGGUGUGGCUGAAAUAGCAGAAUCCACUCAUUUGAAUGGGUGUCCACAUACUUUUGUGUGUAUAUAACGAUGACAUGAACCUGUAUUGGGGUUGACAUCCAUAAAAGCAUUAUACUCAGAUUUGUACCUCAACAUAGUGUGAAAUACACAUAUAAACAGUAGCCUAAAUGAAGGCUAAUUUUGCUGGGGGGCAAUGAGGAGAUUCAGGAUCUUCCUUCACUGCCCUUUCUCACACUAGUUUCCAUGGCAAUUCCAUUGUUUUGGUCGAGUUUGAUUGACCUCUUUACCGCAUCUACGGCUGCCAUUCUCGUCCCAUUCUGGAACUUUGAGGGUUUAUGACAUAGCUUCUCUAGUAAUUUAAUAGGAUCUCUAUGGUUUCUACUGUACUGUGUGUUCUCCAGGCUAUGACUCUCAUGGAGUACCUCAUAAAGACGGGUUCAGAGCGCGUGGCUCAGCAGUGCAGAGAGAACAUCUACGCUGUCCAGACUCUCAAGGACUUCCAGUUCAUCGACAGAGACGGCAAGGACCAGGUACGACGCGCGCAUGCACAUGCACACACGCGUACACACACACAUUCCCAAACACAUACUGGUACAGAAUCACCACUCGCCUCUCAUUCAAGGACUUUUUACAAUGUUUUCACUGUGACCUCUUAUACAAACACAGAGUGAAAAGCCAACAGUAACAUGUUUAUGGGCUGGUAAUGGCUGGAGAACAAUAGAGCAGGUCACAGGGAAAACACUGCAUGGAAAUGGAAAAGACUGAAAACAGGAAUGUAGGAUGUAGCACUUAGUUUGCAGGUAAAUAACUGACAUUUAUCAACUGUUAGAAUUCAGGGACACAGCUGCGUUGUUAUGAAGGUUGUGCACUGAGUGUUGUAUGUACGCAUGUGCUUUUCACCUGCAUGUGUGUGUGUGUCAGGGGGUGAAUGUGCGGGAGAAGGCCAAACAACUGGUAACACUGCUGAAGGACGAGGAGAGACUACGAGAGGAGAGGAUCCAUGCACUCAAGACCAAAGAAAAGAUGGCACAGACCACCAGUGGUGAGAGACAACUACGUUACCCAUCCUGCACCAGCCACCAGGGGUUCUGAAAGGGAUUAAGGAGGAAAGCAAACCACAGACAGAAAUGUAGUUUUAAGUUGUCUGCUGUGAUGCAGAGUUGCCCUGAUCCUGGAGAGAUGCAUGUGGUGUUUGCAGGCUUUUGUUCCUGCCCAGCUCUGACUAUGCCAUGAUUCAAACAAUAAUAUUCUCUUUCCCCACCUUUCCCUGUCCUCCGGUCCCCUCAUCCCAUCCCCCAGCCUCUUCGGCCCCCUCAGCUCCAGGUCUGGGGGGUGGAGCUCUGUCUCAGGGCUCUCACUCUGGAGGGGCGGACCCAGAGCAGGCGUGGCCACAGAGCUCCGGGGAGGAGGACCUGCAGCUGCAGCUGGCCCUGGCCAUGAGCAAGGAGGAGGCGGAACAGGUACACAGUACAGCCAGCCAACCUGGAGCUGGUGGAGGGUAGGCUGAGCCCCGCUGGCCAACCACACUGUUAACCUGAGGUCCAAUGGUUUGAUAAACGGGUUGAUUUGUAUAGGAUAUAUGCACUGUACACCCUACAACCACUAUACAUAGAAUAUAUACUCAUAUAAACUCAGCAAAAAAAGAAACGUCCCAUUUUCAGGACCCUGUCUUUCAAAGAUAAUUCGUAAAAAUCCAAAUAACUUCACAGAUCUUCAUUGUAAAGUGUUUAAACACUGUUUCCCAUGCUUGUUCAAUGAACCAUAAACACUUAAUGAACAUGCCAAAAGGAAGAUGUCCCGGGUCCCUGCUCAUAUGCGUGAACGUGCCUUAGGCAUGCUGCAAGGAGGCAUGAGCACUGCAGAUGUGGCCAGGGCAAUAAAUUGCAAUGUCCGUGCUGUGAGACACCUAAGACAGCGCUACAGGGAGACAGGACGGACAGAUGAUCGUCCUUGCAGUGGCAGACCACGUAUAACAACACCUGCACAGGAUCGGUACAUCCGAACAGCACACCUGCGGGACAGGUACAGGAUGGCAACAACAACUGCCCGAGUUACACCAGGAACGCACAAUCCCUCCAUCAGUGCUCAAACUAUCCGCAAUAGGCUGAGAGAGGCUGGACUGAGGGCUUGUAGGCCUGUUGUAAGGCAGGUCCUCACCAGACAUCACCGGCAACAACGUCGCCUAUGGCCUAUGGCACAAACCCACCGUCGCUGGACCAGACAGGACUGGCAAAAAGUGCUCUUCACUGACGAGUCACGGUUUUGUCUCACCAGGGGUGAUGGUCGGAUUCGCGUUUAUCGUCGAAGGAAUGCGCGGUACACCGAGGCCUGUACUCUGGAGCGGGAUCGAUUUGGAGGUGGAGGGUCCAUCAUGGUCUGGGGCGGUGUGUCACAGCAUCAUCGGACUGAGCUUGUUGUCAUUGCAGGCAAUCUCAAAGCUGUGCAUUACAGGGAAGACAUUCUCCUCCCUCGUGGUACCCUUCCUGCAGGCUCAUCCUGACAUGACCCUCCAGCAUGACAAUGCCACCAGCCAUACUGCUCGUUCUGUGCGUGAUUUCCUGCAAGACAGGAAUGUCAGUGUUCUGCCAUGGCCAGCGAAGAGCCCAGAUCUCAAUCCCAUUGAGCACGUCUGUGACCUGUUGGAUCGGAGGGUGAGGGCUAGGGCCAUUCCCCCAGAAAUGUCCGGGAACUUGCAGGUGCCUUGGUGGAAGAGUGGGGUAACAUCUCACAGCAAGAACUGGCAAAUCUGGUGCAGUCCAUGAGGAGGAGAUGCACUGCAGUACUUAAUGCAGCUGGUGGCCACACCAGAUACUGACUGUUACUUUUGAUUUUGACCCCACCUUUGUUCAGGGACACAUUAUUCAAUUUCUGUUAGUCACAUUUUUACAUUUUAGUCAUUUAGCAGAUGCUCUUAUCCAUAGCGACUUACAGUUAGUGAGUGCAUACAUUUUCAUACUGGCCCCCCGUGGGAAACGAACCCACAACCCUGGCGUUGCAAGCGCCAUGCUCUAACAACUGAGCUACAGGGGACUGACUGUGGAACAUGUUCAGUUUAUGUCUCAGUUGUUGAAUCGUGUUAUGUUCAUACAAAUAUUUACACAUGUUAAGUUUGCUGAAAAUAAACGCAGUUGACAGUGAGAGGACGUUUAUUUUUUUGCUGAGUUUAUAUGAUAACAGAAGUAUCCGGGCAUAGGAAGGUUAACCCAGGACAAUGUGUGUUUCCAUUCACUCACCUUUACCCUCUGACCCCUGACCCCCAGACUACUGUGGCCCCUCUGGAGGACGCAGAGCUCCGCUAUGCACUCACACUCAGCAAGGAAGUACAAGAACAGGUCAGGGGGCAAAGGUCACCACCUGACCGACCGAUCAUCAUCUACCUAUCUAUCUGUCAAUCUGUCUAGCCAGCCGGCGGUCACUCCAUCGAGUCUUAAUCCCAAUCAAAAUGAAUGAUAUUCAUAGGAAUUAUCUGUUGUUUCAUUAAUUCCAAACACACAAAUGUCAAUGGGUUAAUAAUAUAAGCGGGUAAGAAGGAAAUAAGUAGUUUUUAAAAUAACUCUCCUAUGAUUUCAUCUGUGUAAGAUUAUGCAUGGCGAAGACUUCAUAAUUGGAAUGACUCAAUUUAACCCGUAGCAGUUUCUGAAUGAGGGAUUACUACCAUUUUAUUAUUCCAUUGCAAAUGACUGUUCUCAAAGCAUGCCUCAAACUACACACACAAUGACAUACUUAAACACACUCAGUUAAAGGCAUCUUCCAGUGCCAGCACUCUGCAAAUUGUAGGGCAGUAUUCAACCAACACCGGUAUUCAGAAGUUUAGAGGGUAAGGCAAACCAACACUCUACCUAAAUAUAAAGACAGGUUGUUUUAUCCCAGUUUACUUUCUUUUGUCUCACAAAAAUAUAUUUAAUUUAUUUAUUUUUAUUUUACCUUUAUUUAACCAGGUAAGCCAGUUGAGAACAAGUUCUAAUUUACAACUGCGACCUGGCCAAGAGAAAGCAAAGCAGUGCGAUUAAAAACAACAACACAGUUACAUAUGGGGUAAACAAAACAUAAAGUCAAAAAUACAACAGAAAAUAUAUAUAUACAGUGUGUGCGAAUGUAAUUCUUAAUUAUAGAUAAAACCUCAAUGUCAUUCUAGGACCACAAUGUCAUUCUAGAAUCCCGACGUCAUUCUAGAAUGUCAACUUCCUUGUAGAAGCACAAGAAGAGGACUGUUGGUUUGUCUGCCCAUGAACACUGCUAGAUACAGGUAGUGGUUGAAUAGAAAGCCCUGGCAGACAGUCCAUGUCCACUGUGGCUGGGACCCUGAACAGUUUCUUCAGAUGGUGAAGUUGGAAGCUGCCCAUAGCGGCUGGUCUAGAAUCAGUUUUUGAUUUCCUCAAGGAAGGGAGAAUGUUUUUCAACUCCCUAACGUGGGUUGAGGAGAGCUGAUCUGAGAGCAGUCACUAAAGGCAGCAUCUCUCCUGGAGCUUUGCAUCAGGGUCAGAUAUGCUUCCUGGGGGAGUGAAAUUAAGUUUCUCCCUAGACACUGAUCUAAUGUCAGUUUAGCAUUUUCACCCCAAAUGGCUUUGGCUACAAUUUGGAGGUAGUAAGCUGAACCUAGAUCUGUGCCUAUGGGCUGGCCUGCCCGAGCGCUUGUCGCAGGUGAUGACAUCACAGCUGUAUGUGAUUGGCAGGAGGAGAGGCUGCGCAGGGGGGACGACCUGAGACUGCAGAUGGCCAUCGAGGAGAGCAGGAUGCAGAAGGCCAAGCCAGAGGAGGUGUGUGUACGCCAGCCAUAGGGGAGGGAUGGAUGGGGGCCUACACACACUCUUUAGACAGUACCACUCUGUUCCUCAUUCUCUCUCCUGGUGUUACCUGCUGUAGUUGUGUCUCUCACCUGUGCGUUCUGUGUGUGUUGAGUGAGUGGAGAAAACUGAAAGCUAAGGUAGUGUAGGCCUACACCAAAAGUGUUUCUGAACCCUAUCAGGUAUUCGUAAGCUUUUUAAAUUAAAACUUGUGCUUGAGCACUGAAUGAGUUUGCCAAUUAUCUCAGUGACCGGUCAGCAACAUCAAUACCCAACGGACCGGUGCUGGUCCCCAGACCACAGGUUGAGAAACAAGAAACACCACUCGCUCUCCAGUUCCGGUACUAGUUGAUCUAUCCCUUCUUUCAUCCUCUGCUUUUAUCAAGGCAACUGUGUGUGUGUGGUCUGUGUGUCAAGAUUUGUUUAGUGUGUGUGUGUGUGUGUGUGUAUGUAUGUUAACUAAGCGUAUGCUCUGUGGUUUUGAUUUUGUGUGUAUGAGAGACAGAGACUACACUAGCCUUGAGCUCAUUGACUUAUCUUGGUGUCUGUCCUACAACAUCAGUGUGUGUUAUAACCUGUGUACUAUCCUCUCCCAGAGUGCGUUAAUGGAGCUGAGUGCUGUGGACCCCUGGGGGGCUCCUGCUGCUGCCUCUGGGGGCUCUGCCGGCCCCUCACCCCCUCCCACAGUCCCCCUCCCAGCCCCCUCUGCCUCUGGCCCCUGGGGCCUGGCCCCCGCAGACCCUUGGGGCACCUCGUCGCCCGCCACGCCGCCCAACGUAGACCCAUGGGCUAGUGGAGGGACAGCCCCCCCAACGAUAGCCCCCCCGCCAGACCCCUGGGGAGAGACGGCCUCCUCAAGAGUCAACUCAGUUGACCCCUGGGGACCCUCAGGUUAGUGACCUCUGACCUUUACUCCCCUGGCCUCAUCUACAUCUGUUACUCUCAUUCCGUCUCCUCGUCCCACACCCCUACCUACUCAAUCUGGAUGGACAUCAAUACAUUUGGUCUAUUUUCCAAUACUCUUCAAAUGACCAGCAUGUUUAGAUCAUUUGGAAUGUGACCCUCCAUAUCUCAGUCAGGGAUAUCUCUGGUUUCAAUAAAAGAUCUCUGUCCGUUCUUACCUCCUUUCAAGUGAAAAGACUGGCUGUCCAGCUCUUCCAUAUCAGUACAUAUAAAUGAGAGAAAGGAAGACCAUAUUGGACUAUUGGGAUCCAGCCCAGCUCCUUGUUCCCUGUAUAUUGUACGGUGUUGUGCCGGGUUGGGUUCCAUUCCUGUUCAGUUCAAGAGAUUAACAAUCCUCAUUGAAAAUAAAUGGCACUUUUGAAAUCUUGAAUGGGAAUCCAAUUCAUCUUUUGAAUUGACAGACUUGAAAUAGUAUUGACCCUGGUGUUGUAUGUGACCCAAACCCCUGUGUGUCUCCCUCCCCCAUAGCUGUGACCCCCCCCAGUGUCGACCCCUGGGGCCCCUCUGUGCCCCUCUCCACCUCCUCCUCUUUUGGGGGGCCAAUAGACCCCUGGGCUGGGGAUGGGGUUGACCCCAUCAUCACCUCUGACCCAUGGAGCGACUCCGCCAAACACACUAACGGCACAGGUACAAUCACACACACAUUGACACACACACACACACAUAAUGGCACGGACACAUGGAUGAGAUGCUCACUGACCCCCCCCCCCAUUCACCCACCUUGCAUUCCAUCCUCCCUCAGUAAUAAUGGUAUAAUGCUGUGGUGUCUAAUCAAUGUUCAUUUUCACGCUCUCUCUCUCUCCUUCCCUCCCUCUCUCUCUGUAGGACACCCAGAACUGCGAGGUCAGUUAACGGGCGACAGUGCGGGUUCUCCAGUGCCCUUUGACCUCACAUCUCUGUGCUCUUCACUUCCUGUCCGUAAGACCCCCGAGUCGUUCCUGGGGCCCAACGCAUCGCUGGUGGACCUGGACUCCCUGGUGUCUUCUAAACCCAAACCUAAACAACCACCACCUCCAUCAAUCUCAUCCUCCUCAACACACAAUCCCUUCCUCCAGACCACAGGUACUGAUAAAACACACACACACACACACACACACACACAUAUUUUUAAGCACUUUGUGACAAAUGUGUUUGUAAGAAAUGAAAGGAAAGUAGAUUGAUUGAAGUAUUCUCUCCUCUCCAGCCUCGUCUUCAGCUCCUGGCAUGGCUGUCACCCCGGGCAGCACAAUCUCCAGCAGGGGGGUUUCCCCGACGCCACCCCCCACCUCCAACCCUUUUGGCGCGGCCGUCCCCAUGUCCUCCAUCUCCCCACAGCCCUCCACGCUGGGGCUCAGCGGCCUCCGCACCAGCCCUGUACCGCCCAUCCCCAUGGCAUACCCUGGCAUGGGCAUGGGGCCUAUGGGAAUGGGAGCACCAGGCCUGGGGAUGGGCAUGAUGCAGAGCCCCAUGGGAAUGUCCCCCUAUGGCGGCCUCUCGCCCAUGGGUCCUCCUGUGUCCUCUCACUUCAUGGGGCCCGGAGGGGCACCGCCCCCACAGCUGAAUUUUGGGGGGCCUACGGGGGCGGCUGGAGUGAUGGGGGCCGGGGGAGCAGUGGGAGGGGCAGGAGUGACGGGCGCCAGCACCAAUCCCUUUCUUCUUUGA